AUGAAAAAUGACGAAAAUGUCAGACAUGUUAUAGAUAGAUAUUUAUAAUUUCAGAUAAAUGGCAUUGAUGUUAGCCAAAUGCCUCAUGAAGAGGCUGUACAAAUGUUCCUUGAAGCACCUGAACCAAUUGUAGUUGAAUUACGUCGUAGACAAAAUGACACAACACUUAAGGAAAUUAAUCCAUCAUCAAAUUUAUCAAGAUCAUCAAGUUUUUCACAAGUAAUAACAACAUCAGCAACAACAACAACAAUACCAACAUCAACAGCUAUAACAUCUUCGAAUGUACAACAAUCACAUAAUAAUAAAUCACCAAUAAAAUCAUCAGUAAAAUUAGAUAAUGAUGGUAAUAAAAUAUUAGAAAAUAAUGAUUUAAAUAAUAUUAAUAAUGAAAAUAUAAAAAAAUUAACAAUACCUCAAUAUAAUAAAACGCCGACAGCAGCGACUACAUCAAUAACAUCAACAACAACAACAACAACAAAUAAUAUAUUACAACAAUCAAAUUCAGUACCAUCAUCACCAAUUAAAAUGUCAACAAUAACAAUAAAUAAUAAUAAUAAUUAUAAUAAUAUUAAUAAUAAUAGUAAUAAUAAUAAAAUAGGAAAAUCACCAAUAAAAUCAAUAAAUUUUAAUGAUAAUAAUAGUAGUAUUGCUAUUAAUAAUAGUAAAAAUUUACAAAAUUUAAAUUUAGAAUUUCAAUGUAGUAAUAAUGAUACAAAUAAAAAUAAUUCAAAUUCAACAACAUUAAUUGCCUCAUCAACAACAACAACAACAACAUCAGUAGGAACAACACCAACAAUAUCAAAUACAAUAAUGAUAAAUAGUAAUUGUAAUGUUACAUCACCUGUAUGGAAAAUAAUACGUAUGGAUGAUCAAAAUUAUUUAACAACAUCAAAAUCAUUACCAACAUCACCAUUAUUAAAAAAUCAUCAAACAGCAAUUAUACAGCAACAACAACAACAACAGCAGCAGCAACAGCAACAAUCAAUAUUAAAUGAUACAAUAAUUAAUAAUAGCAGAAAUCAACAGCAACAACAACAACAAUCUAUUCAGCAAAUGUCUGCAUCAACAUCAUCAUCAUUACAAUCAAGUCAAUCAUCACCAUCAGUAACAACAGUUGAAAAUCAAAAUAAAAAAUUAAUAUCAACAGCUGUACAAACUGAAUCAUUUACAACUGAAUAUAUUUUUAGUACAACUGAACAUCAAUCAUUAGUUGAUGAUCAAUUAAUUGAAAAUGAACAUAAUUUAUUUGAAGAGUGUCUAGCACCGGAAAUUGAUAUUGAGGAAAUUACUUUACGGAAAUCAGCAAGUAAUGAACGUUUAGGAUUAACAGUUAGUUACAGUUCUGGUGGUAAUGGUUCAAGUUCUGAUGAUACUGAUGCUUGUACAGAAGUUUAUAUUAGUGAUAUUCAACCGGAUAGUAUAGCUGCAAGAGAUGGUCGUCUAAGGCAAGGUGAUCAAAUUUUACAAAUAAAUGGUCGUGAUGUUUCAAAUAAAGAAGAAACUGAAACAUUAAUAUCAGAAAAUAAGAACGCUGUAACAUUAUUAGUUAGUCGUUAUUUAUAUAAUGACGAAGAUUUUAAUGAACAAUUAGAAAAUGAUUAUUAUGAUGAUAGAAUAUUAAGAUAUGAAAAUUGUAUUGUUGAAACAUCAAAAAAUACACCAACAAGUGCUAAUAAUUUUAUACCUACAUCAACAAAUCUUCCACUUAUGAUAAAUUCUCGUGGUUCAACAGCAAAUUCAAUUUCAACAACAUCAUCAUCACAAAAAUCAUCUGUAGCAAAUAUGCAAUGGCCACCACCACCACCUUUAUCCCAACUUAUUAAUAUGGAUUCAACUGUAUCACAAAAUAUAGAUGAACAAAAAACUCGCAAUUUUAUUACAUCAGCAUUUUCACCAUCUGAUCCUUUAAGUGAUAUUAAUAUUAAAGCACAAUUAGAUUCUGUUAAUGAUGAAUUAGCAAUAUUAGAUUCAAAAAUGGAAAAUAUGAUGUUAAGUUGUACAGCAUCAUCAAAUAAUCAAAAGAAAAUUGAUAAACUUAAACAAUAUUUAUCAAAUGAUUGUAAUAGUGGUUGUGAUAGUAAUAAUACAACGACAACAACAUCAACAAAUCAGUGCGUUUAUAAAGCACCAAUCGAUGAUAUGAAAAAUAAUGACUCUCAUAAUUCUAAUGACACUAAAUUAUCAACAACUCCAAUUCAUGACAAUAAUAAAACUUCAUCACCAAAUUCAACAAAAAUAUCGAAAAAUUUAGAAAAAUCUCGUCAUAUACAUGAACCUAAAAUUGUUGAACAUAUUUAUGAAACGAUACCUGAAGAUUCUGAAUCUGAACCAGUUUAUUGUUCACCAUAUGAAAGUUUAAAUGAUAAAUAUAUUGUUGAACAUUGGAUUGAUAUGCAUCAACAACAUCAUUUACACCAUCAUCAUCAACAACAGAAUUUAACACAACAACAACAACAGCAGCAACAACAAUUACUGAAACAACAAAAGAAAAAUAAAUCUGGCCAAUCACCGAAAUCAAAUCAACAACCUCCACUGCCACCAACUCCAAUACAAUCAAUGAUAUGGCAAAAAAAUCUUGUUAAUUCAUCAACUAUUAUUACAAAUAAAAGUAACAAUUCAUCAGAUGAUCAAGAGAAUAGUUCAAGUGCAUAUAAUACAGGCGGAUCUUGUAAUAGUAAUAAUCAGUUAACACUUGAAUUAAACUGUAAUACAUGCCAAAAUAAUUCGAAUACAUUAAAUUCUAAAGGACAAAAUAAUACAUUUAUAUUAAGUUCACCUCAAUCUAUGACACCAAAUCCUGGAAUACAUGGAAAUUGUGAUGGAAGAUCUCCAUCAAAUUUAGAUCAACAAACAUUAUCCUCAGCACUCUCCUUUUCUAUUAAAUCAGCUACAACAGCCGUAAACACAAAUAAUAAGCAGCAAAUGCAAAAUAUUUUAAAUUCAAAAAGUGAAACUAAUAUUCAAGGUCAAAAGAUUUUCUUCCCAGAUAUGAAUGAUAAUUGCAAACAAUGCCAUAUUUAUAUGAAAGAGAAAUUGAAUAGACUUUUGAAUAAUGGGGGUAAUAAUGUUAAUAGCCCAAAACAUACACCGCAAAUAAAAUUUCCAAGUCAAAUACCAGCGCAUCAAGUUCAACAACAAAUACAAAAUAGUUUACCUUCAACUAUUGAUCCAGCAAUUUAUACAAAUGAAACACACUUGCAGCAGGCAAUAUUUUUGCAACAAAAACUAAUGCGGCAGGUUGUAUCAUCACAGCAAAAUAAACAACAGCAACAUCAUCAACAACAAGAACAAAAUAUUCAAUUUAUUGGCAAUACUCCAAUACACCAACAAGCAUGGAUUACAAUACAAAAUAGGCACGGUAUACGACAACCAAAUCAUUUUACAGCACCAAAUUUAAGUCAAUAUCAUUUUGUAAGCAGUAAAGAAGCUCCAACAUCAACAACAAAAUCGAAUUGUGAUGAAGAAAAAAUGGAAUGGAAAGUAAAACGUCGUCAAGAUGGUACACGUUACAUUGUUAAAAGACCAGUACGAAAUCGUUUACUUAAAGAUCGUGCAAUUAAACUUACCCAAGAACGUAAUGAUUUAACAACAGAAGAUGAUACAAUAUCUGAAAUAAAAAUUGGAAGAUAUUGGUCAAAAGAGGAACGUAAAAAACAUAUUGAACAUGCUAAAAAGAGACGACAACGUCAACAAAUUAUAAUACAAAAUCAUUCACCAUCAUCAGAUAUUUUUGUAACAUCAAAUACAAAUACACUUGGAAAUUAUAAUAAUCAGCAGCAACAGCAACAACUAUUAAUGAGAUCAUCAAUAAAUGUUCAACAGCAACAACAACAGCAACAACAUAAAUCUAUAGUUAAAAAAUCAAAAUCUGAACAUAAUACAGUUAAUAUUGAUACAAUAAUUUAAAUGAAAAAGGAUGCUAUUUUAACACUUUGUAAUUUUGUAAUAGUAAUCAGAUGAAUACUCAAAAUUCUAUUAAAAUUACACCAAUAGAUAAUAAGUAACCAAUAAAUUUGGAAUAUUGAUAAUGUACGAUUGAACUCUCAUAACCAUGUUUCAUAUGCGCAUGAUCAAUAUGCUCAAAAUAUAAUUGGAUCGCAAAAUCCUUAAAUUUUUAGAGAGAAACAUUUUGAACAUGAUAUUUAAAUUUUUUUAAGCCCAUAUUAAGGUUACUUGAUUGGGCAUAUUUAAUUAAUUUAAAUUUAAUUAAAUAAAAUAUUUUCUUUUUUAUUUACCCGGUUGAAGUUGUUAUUAAAUUCUGAUCUA